ACCAAGUUGCGUAGUAAAGUGUUUUGUUAGGUAAAAUUCACCUUUUUAUCUUCGUAUGACACUUCUGAUCAGUACCACGUGACUGACGUGCUGUGCAGCAAGGCUGACGGCUGUAUUGUACUGUGUCGCUCUGCCUCUCAACAAUUAGGUCGCAGACUAGAAACCCGGUCUCGCCGGUUUUCUAUGAUGACUGUAUGAUUGCCCAAAAACCAUUUAAGUGAAGAAAUCUUGAAAAAAAAAAUAAGCGUUAAUUUUGGAUGUCAAACAGUAUAACAAAUAUAUACACAACUCUUUUGGCAAGUUCAUUUUCACUUAAAUCCUCUUAUAAAACACGUGGUUGUUUCAUUUCCUGGUUUACUUGCAAGUAAAUCCCUUUGGUGUGUUUAUUUUCCAGCCUGUCUGUUCGGAAACUUCUUCGUGAUUGGAUUCGCCAAGUCGUUUGGAUUGUUUUUUCGUCGAAUACCUGGAUCUCUUUGACAGCACAUCCAGUUCUACCUCACUCAUAUUUGGCAUACAAGGCGUGUCCUUCAGCGUGGCCAGUUUAUUUGUGAUGACGGUGGUGAUUGAACGCCUGACGUGCAGAACUCUGGCCAUGAUCGGUGGUGUGGGAUUUAGUUUAGGUGUCAUUCUGGCGUCACAGGCGAAAACGUUGGCGGAGGCGAUUCUCUACAUAGGAGUACUCACAGGUGUAGCAAAUGCUUUCCAGACGGGGCCCUAUAUGGUUAUGCUUGGAGCAUACUUCCACAGACGAUACGCGGUGGCGUCUGGGAUAGCCGUCUGCGGAGGAAGUCUUGGCCAAUUUGCUCUCCCACCGAUUCUUCGCUACUUCAUUGACGUCUUUGCCUUUCGCGGAGCUGUCCUCAUUUUCGGUGGACUUAUCCUCAACUGUGUCGUCUGCGGAGCUUUGAUGAGACCUGUGGCAGAAUACACCAAACGGCGGCGAGGCAAGAAGCAAAACAAGGGAGAUUACUCUAACGAGAAAGUUUCUUCAGCGGAGAAAAAUGAGCAUGAAGUCAUGCUGGAUGAACACGGGAUGGCAAAGAUCCGUGACGAUGGAAGGCAGCUGCAAAAUGGAAACGUUCAGGUUGCUCCAAUAAAAGAAGAAAAGUUCAGUGCGUUGCUUGAUUCACGGGAUGGUUCCCAGCGCAGAGUGGAAGAACAGUACCUACAGCUCGUUAGGGCUGACCCGCCAUUGCAUCUUAGCUCAGGAAAUCUAUAUUCUACACCAGAAAUAUUUUCACAUUCUCACACAUCAAACAGGGGAUUCACAGAAUCCAUCGACAACACUGCUUGCGUGUGUACCUCCAUUUUCAUGUGUCGUUGUUGCAGCGGGAUAUCACAUUAUUGUUCCAUCCUGAAGAAUCCUCUGUUUCUACUGGUGUUAUUUUCAUGUGUAUUGGGAUAUAUCGGCGUUGCUACCCAAGUAGUUUUCAUACCACCACACGCGAAAGAUGUCGGCCUCAGCAACCACGAAAUCCCGCCGUUGAUAUCAGUUAUGGGAGGGUGUGACCUUGCUGGACGAAUUCUUAUAGGAUUACUAGUGGAUUCUAAACUGAUAGCCAGUUACAGAAUCCUCUCCAUAGGCUACCUGUUGCUAGGCUUGACGGCCAUCUUGACUUUCUUGGCCAGGAACUUCUGGGGUUUCGUGGCAGUGUCAAUAUCAUAUGGCAUAUGCGGUGGAAUAAUGUACUCGUUGAUCGCUGUGGUGCUAACAGACUUCUUCGGGUCACACGUGUUACCCAGGGCACUAGGAGUAACUUUCUUGUUUCAGGGCAGUGCACUGUGUGCAGGAAACCCUUUUCUGGGUUGGCUGCGGGACAUGAGCGGAAGUUACGUCAUAAGCUUCUGUGUGAUUGGUGGAAUUCUGAUACUAGCUGGAGCCACUCUUCUCUUCGUUCCAUUGUUCCGUAAAUGGAUGGUUGUAAAAUGCGACUCUAUUAUAAUAACGGAAAAGGACUAUAUUUCAGAUAAAUCAGAGCUGGAGAAACCGAGAGCUGGAGUAGAAGGCAUUUAUGCAUAACAAAAUUUCUACUACAUGUACAGACAGAUUUAUUUUGUAUGCAUAUUGUUUUAACACUAGCUGCCAAUGCAAUGCAUGGUC